AUGUUAAAUAACUCUCAUGCUAGUGAUCAAAGUGGUAAUUCUGUAGAACUAGAUGUUAAUUUAGAAGCUUUGCAAGAAUCUGCAGUUAGUGUAUUUCACGAACAGUGUACCUCUAUACAAAAACUUUCUGAAGGUGGCUUUCACAAGGUAUACAUCUUAAAGAUGAAAAAUGAUAAAGAAUAUAUUGGAAGAGUAGCAUUUCCUGUAUAUCCACGCUGGAAGACAGAAAGUGAAGUAGCAGUUAUGGAAUAUAUUCGUUUAAAUACGACUAUUCCUAUUCCUAAAGUUUAUUAUUGGAAUAGUUCUGUCAACAAUCCAGUAAGAGCGGAAUAUAUUUUCAUGGAACGUUUGUCCAGUAGUCGCCUUUGUGAUAUAUGGCCUGGCCUCAGCAUAAAUAAAAAAGAGAUGUUUCUUUUAAAGAUCAUUGAAAUUCUAUUGGCACUUAAAAAGCUUACUUUUUCAAAAGUGAUCGAAAUUGAUUUAUUUUCUGAUGAACGGGCAACUUUAUCAACCAUGGAAAAAGGGCCUUUCAACACAACAAAAGAAUAUAUUUUAGCUGUUAUUCGAAAUAAAAUUCGGUAUUAUGAAACCUUUAAAUCUAUAGAUCAGCAAGAGUAUUGGAUUCCAAGAUAUCAAGAACUAUGCAAAUUGGUGCCAAAAUACUUUCAGGACGAUGAAAACAAGUUUGUAUUAACACAUGGAGACUUUCAUUCAUCAAAUAUAUUAGUCAAUAACGAUGAAAUUACGGGAAUCAUUGAUUGGGAAUGUUCUGGUGCGUUUCCAAUGGAAUGCUUAUGUACCUACCCAGUGUGGAUUACAGACAAUCCUAUGAUGGAACCAACAAAUGAAGAGUUCAAGGAAAAUCUGACAUUACAAAAAUUUUUCCGAGAUAAUAUAAUUCAUCGUGAUCCUGAUUUUAAGCGUAUAAUUGACAAUAUAAAUGAAAAAAAAGAUGAAUUUUAUUCUGCAGUGUUUAAUCAAGAAGAAUGGAAAAUAAAUGAUUCAUUAGAUGAAUUAGGGAUAAAUAAUAUGUUUACUUUCUAA